AUGACAGCUGGCAUUAUUGAUUCACUCAAUGAUAUCAAUUAUAAUGGUGAAAUAAACAAUGAAACAAAAUUAGAAGAAGUUCUUAAAUCAGAUUUAAAAUCUGAUGGAUUUGUUCCAUAUGCAAAAUUAAUUGCAUGGUUAACACAAGAAUUAGAUGGAUUUUAUUCAAUAGGCGAAUUUAUUCAAAAUAUCAAUUCGGUUAAUGAUAUAUCGAAUUUUUUACUUGAACUUGGUGGUUUUCUUCGAGAUUAUGGUUGUCCUUAUCAAAAUCUUGUUAAUAAUGAAAAUAGAUUACAUGAUCGUAUAUCACGUUUACAGUUAUUAGAAUUUCUUUGUACAGAAAUUCAUGCAGCUAAAAUGAAUAAAUAUCUUAAACGAGAUAUAAUAGUUAAUGGAACAGAUAAUACAAUGAAUAAAAAACAAUAUGAAAGUGAUGAAGCUCGAGAUUUAAAAGCAUUACUUGUAGCUCUUGGUUUUCCUCGACCACCUGAUGGAAUAACAGCUGGACAAAUAUGUUCUAAAGUUUAUGGUAAAGUUAGUGAAUUAUUAAAAACUUUACCUCCAAAUUAUUUGGGUCAAUCAUUAUUAAAAAUAAAUAUGUCAGAAAAUCAAUGGAAUCAGAUACAUAAAAUAAAUAAAAUUUUAUAUGAUGAUUAUAAAACUCGACGAGAAUUAUUACUUAAACGACUUGAUGUUACAAUUCAAUCAUUUAAAUGGGCUGAUCGAUUAAAAGAUAAAACUGAUGAAAUUUCAAAUGCUUUUAUGAAUAAACGUAAAGCAUUAACAGCUGAACCAAAUGUACGUAUUGAAGAUAUUAUGGCUGCUCGUGAAGAUUUAUGUCAUAUGGAAAAAACAUGUGGUACAAAAGAAAUAGCAUCAACUCGAUCGAAACUUCAUAAAAUUAUAAUCCCAAAAGUACCUGAUCGUGGCGGACGAACAACAGAAUUACAAGCACCACCUCCUGAAAUGCCAUCAUAUCAACGAGGAGGUUCUGCUGGUGGUGCACGUCGUGGUGGAGGCGGUCAACAACAUCAAUAUCAUGAACAACGAAGCCAUCGAGGAGGAGGUGGUGGCGGUGGAGGUUGGUCAGGACGUGGUGGUGGUGGUGGUGGUGAUAGACCGUAUUCUGGUGGUUAUCAACAACAAAUGUAUGGAGCAAUGGAUCCUUAUAUGCAACAGUAUCCACAGAUGGCUUAUCAGGGACAACAACAAAUUGUAAAUGAAUAUGCCGGUUUGGAUUAUGGUGGAAAUUAUGGUGGACGCGGCCGUGGAGGACGAGGUGGACGUGGUGGUCGACGGCCAUAUUAA